GAGUGAAUAAAAAAUUGCAAAAUAAACUCAACAUGAAAAGGGUCUUCAAUGGCCGGCUAGCUGGGUGGAGUAUAAUAUUUAGAGUAUGCCGUUGUUGAAAUUAAUGAGUCACUGGCCAUCUCUCUUUGUUCUUCUUCUCGCCUUCUUGUUUGUCUAUUUUCUACCAUACACAUUUCCAUCUCUUUCCUUCUCUGCUACAAGAAUGGAUGGUGAGUCAGACACCCCUAAAUCAAUCUAUAAUUUUACUGUCAAGGAUAUUCAAGGAAAUGAUGUAGCUCUUAGCAAUUACAAAGGGAAAGUUCUUCUAGUUGUAAAUGUUGCUUCCAAAUGUGGUUUCACUCAAUCUAACUACAAAGAGUUGAAUAUAUUGUACGAGAAGUAUAAAGAUCAAGGUUUGGAAAUUUUGGCAUUUCCUUGCAAUCAAUUUGGCUGGCAAGAGCCUGGAACUAACGAGGAAAUUCAGGACACUGUAUGCACUAAUUUCAAAGCCGAGUUCCCUAUAUUUGACAAGGUAGAGGUGAAUGGAAAUAAUGCAGCGCCUCUAUACAAAUUUUUAAAGGCCGAGAAGGGGGGCUUGCUUAUAGAUGCCAUAAAAUGGAACUUCACGAAGUUCUUGGUAAACAAAGAAGGAAAGGUGAUGGGGCGAUACGCCCCUUCAACAUCUCCUCUCAAAAUUGAGGAAGAUAUACAAAAACUGCUGCAAUUGUCCUGAUGACCAAGGACAUUUGAAAAGCAAGUUGACAACUUCAUCAAUAAAGCAAACCAGAGCUUUCUGUUCUAUAUAUUUGGAGAUGUUACUUUUCUUUGUUGUAAUUUGGUUGGCCGAAAAUAAGUUUCCGUGUCUCUGUCACUCUAUGAUUAAUUACUGAGUACACGUAACAACUUUAAUGCUGUAAUAGAUUGUAUGAAAAACGAUAGAAAUGUAUGAUUGUAUCUUUCUAUGGUGCAAACCUUAAUAUGCACUUUGAGUGAUAAUUUGAACAUCUUUAGUAGAAACAUUUGAGUUAUUUGUUUGUA